AUGAAUUACUUCGCCAGAUCCAUGGAGAGGAAGCCACGCCACGCUCUGACUACAGGUACAACAGUUACUGCAGCUGCAGGGUUGAACACUACAUUUUAUGAUGGAAACUUAUAUACCACCUUCACGUUCAAGAUUUGCAAAUACGAAUGCUUUCACAAUGUUGCCGAGAUGAAACUACUUACGCAGCUACAACCUGCUUCUACCCUAUCCCAACUUAAGCAGCUGGAUCAUUUACUGGGCAUACCAGUAAUGGUUGCCGUUAUGGCAAUGAUCGGAUGGACAGCUCUUGGUUGUUUCCUGGUACAUCUAUAUCUGCCAACGGCGCAAACAUCACUUGCCUUUUACUUCAUAUUCAACUCGCUUGCGACAAUUGGCGUUGGCGACGUAGAGCCGGGCGGUGAAUUUUGCAUAUUUUGCGCCUUCCAUAAUUAA